CCUUCAAAUAUGUCCCUUUAUUACGACCGCCAAGAAACGGAACUACUCCAUUUAUUAUUAUAUUAAACUAUAAAAGGACCUCCAUGAACGCAGAGAACAAACUGACUAAACGGAAGAACGUUGUUCACUUGAGGGAGCUUCUAAUUUCAUCACGUAAUCGAUUACACAAUCAAGCCUUUUCUCGAUUUUCUUUACAUUCACAAACUUGAUCAGGUGAAUUUGGAAACAGGUGUUAGUGGUUCACAACUUAAUAAUAUCCUGUUACUUCAUAGCUGGUCAGUGAAAAGGAUGUUCAGACCUCUGUGGUGUCGGAUUUAAAUCGUGUCUCACCCAAAGCAGUAGAACUCUACACGUAAACUGUCACUUAUCUAAACCUGAAAUGUAAAUUAAAAGUUGUCCAUAAGUUGUCUGACUGCAUGUAGGGGCAAUAUAUAGAGUAAUUACUGUACGUCUCACACACACACACACACACACACUCACAAGAGUUCAUAAAGGUUGGCGUCGUGUGACCUCUGUCCUGAGUAAUCCCCGGUCCUGGCGGAUGAAUGGACACGGAUUUAGCUGAGGAUUUAACAGGAUGUGUUGCGUAGCUGCUCUUCAAUCUUACUGGAUUUGUGGGUGAAAUGGCCAGAAAGAUGUCGCGGGGACAACGAUCCCUUCCCACUAUGCCCAGUCAAGACACGGCUGAAGUACCAGCACUAAAACAAAAGAAGAAGAAAGUGAGAAGGGAGUCCAAUGGAGCCGAUCAUUUGAGCGAUGCUGCGAUGGAAAUGGGAGGCCUCGGCAGCCGCAGGGCAUCGCAGGUCGUAGAGCAGCUUCCCCUUGAAUCCACAACGGACGCGCCGACUCAGAGGAGGAAGAAGAAGAAGAAAGCAGCAACCGUCGAUCUGGACGAUGACCAGGCCGACCUGGUGAACGGCGACACAGCGGAUCAGACAACUGAUGGAGAAGAAGUGGUUAAAAAAAGCAGAAAGAAAAAGAAGACCAAAUUUGUUGAGUCGCCGCUUUCCAAUGAGUUGGAGGUGGAGGAGGACGACAUCCUCACCGACACGGCGCCUCCGAUCUCCCAGCAUCCCCUGUUCUCGGCCCCGCUGGGUCAGAGCCAGCCGGUGGGGAAAGUCUUUGUUGAGAGGAACAAGCGUUUCCAGGCCGCUGAGCGCUCCGACCGGAGGAAGACUAGUGACCAGAUGGACGCCAUGACGGACAUCCUGCACAUCAAGCCGCUCUGGAGCACCAGAGACGUGUCUCUCCGAGUCCACGGAGGCUUCAGGGUGUUCGGCCUGUAUUGCCACGGCUUCCUGGCGGGCUACGCCAUGUGGAACAUCACGGUGGUGUACAUUCUAGCCGGACGGCACCUCACCACUCUGUCCAACCUGCUGGAGCAGUACCACAGCCUGGCUUACCCCGCCCAGUCGCUGCUCUACAUGCUACUCGCCAUCAGCACGGUGGCCGCCUUUGACAGAGUGAACCUGGCCAAAAGCUCCAUGGCUCUCCGUGAGUUCAUCACGCUGAACCCAGUCGCUCUGGCCUCAUUCUUGUAUUUCUCAGCGUUGGUCCUCUCUCUGAGCCAGCAGAUGACCAGCGAUCGAAUCAACCUGUAUCCAACCCUCAACACCACAUUAUGGCCGCCAGGACUGGAGCACCAGAUUCUGCACCCGUGGGUGACAGUGAACCUGGUGGUGGCUGUGCUGGUGGGACUGGCCUGGAUCUUCAUCGCCCUCCGACCAGAAACGGACUACACUGACAAGUAUCUGGAAACCAUGGCGAUUGAACCUCCAAAGCCAGAGGACAAAUCAGAGAUGAGUGCCUGAGGAAUAAAUACUUCUGCUCGUAUUCAUACUGUACAGCUUUGAUGUCAUUUUGCCCAAUAUUUUUGCACUGAAAUUUGUCAGUGAACUGUGAAUGUGAUGUAGAUUAUUUUUGUAUUUUUUGAAUGUGCUUGUCUCUUUAUAAAUAUUUAUUAUACAAAUCCAACCGCUUUUUGACAUACGGGGAAGUAAGUGUUUUUAUAUAUAAGGUGAUUGUAGUGGCCAUUUGUCCUACAAAUCAAAGGGCCACUGGCUGCACCUACUGUUUGUUUUUCUGUAAUGCAGCAAGAGAGUGUAUUGUCCAGGCAAUCGGUUCCUUUUGUUCACAUUUUCCAAAGAUCCACCAAACACAUAAAAUAAAACUUUGCUGCCUUCCUAUGCA